UCAUUAUGGCUCAUUACACAUGUGAGUGAGUAAGUGGCACUACAGAAGCUCCUGCCGUGUCAAAGAGCCUUCAGAAAGGGCUUCACUAGAUCAUUUCUUCUCCUCCUCAAAAGAGAAAGUUCUUUGAAAGGAGAAAUCAAUGGCGAAUUGCAUAAUUCAGACUUUCCUUUGUUUUUAAGCUUUAUGGCCUUGUAUAGUCUUUUGAUUAGUUAGAGUGUGUAGGCUAUGUUCAACACAGUGUUCUGUGUUCGCUUCUAAAAAUGUAAAUAUGAGUAAAUGGGAAUCUUCAUAUGAAUCUUAAGUUGUACAUGGAAUGUCAACUAAUACAACCUGUUGGGUAAUUAAAAAUGUGUCAGACCAAACGGAUUGGGUUGCGCGAGAGUGCUCCCUCUAUGAACCAUCUGCGCUCGAACCAGCGGGUGGUGCUUUGUAGUGAAUGCAUUACGCUAGUCACGGCGUAUAAAGACCAGGACGGAAAACUAAGCAUGUCAGUUUUUGCUCUCCACCUUGCGCGCAGAGUCAGAAGCUACUACACGCGUUGGUGUCUGAUUACUCGUGAUGAAAACUGCUUUAUGCUUCAGACAUAACAAUGUCAAAUGGCAAAUGUCAACAAUCCAGUGCGCGCAGUGUGAAACACCUUGUUGAUGGAUGUCUUGAAGUCUACAGUUUAUUACUGACUUUAUAGUCGUGACUUACCCGGUUCUACGACUGACAUUUUUACUACGACGCAUAUUUGGAUCUACUGUGGAAUGGCUAAAGUUGCUUUAAUGGAUUUGUGCAUUUUGUUUCUUGUUGGACUAUCAGCAGCUUAUGCAAAUGGUUUUCCUCCUUUACGACAAGAUGAGAAUCAGGAGAGUGAGAUUGAUGCAGUGCAGCCAGGCGUACCUUCAAGGAGCUCAGCUGUGAAGUCCACGACAUCUCCCGGGCCCACCGAUGCCGGGGGCCCCACGUGCCUUUCGUGUGAGCUGUCAGGGCCCAAAAGACGAGCCAAGCGGUGUACGUGUUACACAUACAAAGACAAGGAGUGCGUGUAUUACUGCCACUUGGACAUUAUCUGGAUCAACACGCCAGAACGGACCGUGCCGUACGGCAUGUCCAGCUACAGAGGCUCCCAGCGGGUGCGGCGCUCAGCCUUGACCUCCGACUCCUCACACGCAAGCUCACAGCGCUGUGUGUGUGCACAGCAGGUGGACUCUGAGUGCACAGCCUUCUGCAAGGGAAGGGGAGAUUCUCCAUGACAUUGGAAACUACCCAGGCAACCAGGCAUUUAAAACUACCCAGGGAGACCUCUCUGGAAGUUGACCUUUGCAAGCAUUUUCCUCUUCCCUUUAAAGAUUUUCCAGUUGUGUUCCUUUUAUAAAGAGAGAGAUAAAAGCACUCCAAGUAGAAUGCUCUGGACAGCCCACUCAAAGAGAGACUACAUAUUGGUGGCGUUUUGAGAGUGCGUGGCGGGAGGCACCACCUUAGGAACCUGCCUGACCCUACGGACAUUUACAAAGGACUGACCGAUGGCACAGCUGUCAGCAGAUCAGGAGAUGAGGAGAGGGUAGCUUCAUGACUGAAUGAGUUUUUUCUUCAACAAGCUGGAAGUGUGUGGGUCCAGAAACCAAGGAUGUGUGUAGUAAUAAGACAGUUCUGGAGUGAAGUCUGGAAUUAAACAGCAAAUGUCACUGACAUAUAUGACUGUCAUUGGUAAAGUGGCAUUGUAGAAUGGAUUCAAAGACUGAAUAAGAAAGAGAAUUAUACAAUCAUA